CUGCUAUUCUUCAUCACUUUCAUCCUAGCCGCACAUCUAACAAGCUCUCUUGAAGCCCAAGACAUGAACUCUCUCGCUGCCGUUCUGACUGAGCUGACAACUUCAGGCGAGUUUCCAUCAUCUCCUCUACACGUUCUACCGUGCGGUAAUAUUUCAGACACCGCCCUGACAUCCCUCCUGCGAGAGACCUCCUGCCAAAAGGGCUGCUCGGUGUCCGAGCGAUGUGAUCCGUGUCAGCAUCAACUCCUGGAGAGCCUCUACAAGCCACCAGGUGAGGCGCUGCUACUCUGGGCUGGGUCUUCAGAGUGUCUGCAAGUGCCAGAGAGUCUGGUCCCUCCUUACUGGGCUGGCUCUGCUGUAGUGCUAGUUCCUCCCGAGGGUCUCUCCUGUGUUGAAGCACUGUCUCAGGCGAUCUUCACUAAGGCUCCGUUCCCACUGUGCUUAAAGAAAAGAGGAGAUGUAUAUGAAGUUUGGCGUCGUAUUACUUUCUCUACCGAAGGAAUCGAGGUCCGGAGGAUAGCACGAUUCGAGGACGGACGGCUAGACGUCACCGCUGCAGGGUUGGCGGCGUCCCACAACCUCAACGGUGUAAAUCUUCGUGUGGAGUUCAUCAACUACUAUCCCUACGUCUUCUGUCCGAACGUCCUCUCAAACAGGACCUGCGUCGACCCUCUUCUUCGACCGGAAACCAGCAUCAUCUCCGUCCUUGCCGAUCAUCUCAAUUUCACCACCACGCUUCAGGAGCAUCCUAAACGCGUUUGGGGAAGCCAGCUACAGAACGGAAGCUGGCAUGGUCUUCUCUCGAGUGUGGUAUACGAUAAAGCGGACCUCGCCGUGGGAGGCAUGUCUGUAACAUACUCACGUGCAAACGUCGUCGACUUUUUACGAGAGUUCACGGUGGUGACGUCGGUUUUUGUCACGCACCGACCCUCACCACUCGCUGCUUAUUUGACGGUGAUCGCACCACUGUCUCCCCGCAGCUGGGCAGUGGUGAUCACGGCAGUGGUGCUGGUUGGUGCAGUAUCGGCUCUCCAGCGUGGAUGUCGACUGGAUCUCGCCAUGAUGGAGGCAUACACGGUGAUUGUCGAGCAGAGUUUAUCACGGGAUAUCACGGCGCUGGCUGACCGACUUCUAACUGGAGUGUGGUUUCUCAUGGCCUUUGUUAUUGCCACCAUGUACACCAGCAACCUGACUUCAUUCCUCAUCAACGGCGCUCCAGGAGUACCGAUUGAAACGAUGGAUCAGCUGGCGGAGAGUAACCUCCAACUGGUCGCGUCUCAGAGCAACAAGAUGUUCCUCGAGUGGCUGGAUGAACGACAAGGAUCCACUUUUGCGGCGCUGAGGCGAAAGCUGGUCACCGUUCCCAAACUCACGACUUCUUUCCAGCAGCAUGCCAAGGAUCACUCGCUCGCGCACGUCUUUGAGGAUGCAUACUUCGAGUACGCGCUGAGUAACACGGUGAUUCACUCAAAUGGUACUCUCUGGCCACGGGAUAUCGUAGUGAGUAAGGAUACCUUCAUGCCGUCGCCGCUGGCAAUUCCUGUGCAGAAAAACGCCCCGUAUCGACGGCACAUGGAUCACGUAAUUCUUCGUUUAAUCGACACGGGUCUCGUCAAAAAAUGGCUAGCCGAUGCACUCUUCAGUCUCAAUCUGCGGGCGUUUCGAGCAAAUGUGGCGGCGUGCCGAAGAAAUCGCAAAGAUUGUCGAAAUGACGGUGAAGAAAGACAGUCGAUCAACAUGCAGCACCUGCAAGGACCGAUGAUAAUCCUCGUGUUUGGACAUCUUCUAGCGAUUGCCGUGUUUAUUUUGGAGCUUCAGCUAAAAGGAUUUCAAAGGUUGGGAAGUAAGCUAAGGCAAUGGGUUAAAAGAGUGCCGAGGACAUUGCAAAAGUGCUUUCAUGCACCAAGAAAUGGAAAGAAAGUGUCUGAAAAGAAUGCGGUUACUAAGGACAGUAAAAUUGAAUCCCGGUGAAACAAUUCGGGGGAUGUUGUUGUUAGGGAAUUACGUGUAUAUUUGUAUAUCUCAUAAAGCAUACACUCAUGCUAACUAUAUGCCUCAGCUACCUUGAGAAGUUGUAUUGAUGCUCUAAAAAAAAUCCCUGUAUGCAUUGUAUAGUUUACCUGAAGAAUGUACGAUUAUUGGUUCGUACAUCAAGUGAUUUCACAAUUUGUGCUACUAGUUACUACAAUGCGUGCUUAACAUUGCUGUUUCCAAGGUAGGUACUGAGCUAUGCGUGAAAAUAGUGCAGCUUGCUUGAGUAUACAUGACA